AUGGAUCAGAGCGAAAAGGCGGUGACAAGCAUCGAUGGAAAUAAAAUUGAAGUUACUGUAGAAACAGACCGCAUCCGAGUGAAAGAAAGAAUAGGGCUAUUUGGAGGUAUUGCGUUUAUCAUGGGAGCGGUGAUUGGAUCGGGAAUUUUCAUCUCUCCAAGGGGAGCAUUAAAGAAUUCUGGCUCUAUUGGGAUGAGUUUGGUCAUCUGGGCUUUAUGUGGAUUUUUGUCAAUGGUAAUUGGACUUGUCUAUGCUGAACUCGGUGUUCUUCUUCCGAAAUCUGGUGGAGAUUACACUAUCAUCAAAACAGGCAUCGGAGGUAUUCCUGCGUUUCUUAUAUCUUGGACACAGUUUACUGUAACACAAAGUGGAGGUCGUGCUGUGCUGGCUCUUGUUUUUGCGGACUAUUUCUGUGCUCCAAUAUUUGGAAAGUGCGAAGCGCCGGACAGCAUACGAAAGUCAAUAGCUGCCGUAGAGAUUUUGCUUCUUGCUAUUACGAACACAAUUAGCGUUCGUCUCGUUUCUUCUAUGCAGGGAUUAUUCACGUGUUUUAAGGUUUUGGCACUUAUCGUUAUAACCGUCGGAGGAUUUGUUUAUCUUUUCCAAGGUAAAACAGAGAAUUUCAAUGAUUCUUUCCACGGUACAACAGAUGAUAUAUCAAUAAUAACAUUAGCAAUAUACAGCUGUAUGUGGGCGUACGAUGGAUAUACAAACUUAAAUGACUUUGCUGAAGAAAUCAUUCAACCGAAGAAAAAUAUUCCAAAGGCAAUCAUUAUUUCAAUGACAUUAAUCACAAUCAUCUACAUCACGACAAAUGUUUCAUACUUUGUAAUGUUAGAAAAAUCAGAAUUUCUAGCAGUCCCAGCUGUUGCAUUCACGUGGGGCGAACGUGUCUUAGGACCUGCUGCCAUACUCAUACCGAUAAGCGUUAUGUGCUCCGUACAUGGUACCUCCAACGGCGGCUUUUUCAGCAAUGUCAGAGUACGAUUUGCAGCUGCGCGCGCAGGUCAUUUACCUGAAGUUCUUUCAUUUUUACAUCACAAAUCUCGAAUACCCUUGGCGUCUCUCUUCUUAAACACUGUUUUCUCCUUGGUUAUGCUGAUUCCUGGUGAUAUAGGAGAACUAAUCAACUUAGUAAGUUUUGUUGGUUUUUUAACAAACGUGCUUACGAUAAUCUCUUUUCUGCGAAUACGUUAUCAACGUCGAAAUGAUGAAAGGAACGAAGACGACUUUAGAAUUCCAUUAUUUAUAGCUGUACUGGCUUUGGCAAUAUGUUCAUUUAUGGUCAUAGCGCCAUUCAUAUCCAAUCCAAAAAUAGAAUUCAUCUAUGGCGCUGGCUUUGUUUUGUCCGGAAUUGUGUUGUAUAUUCCUUUUGUUUAUUUUGAAUGGCGUUUGCCUUGUUGUGAUAACAUAACUUGUUUCGUGCAACUGCUUAUGGGCAUAUGUCCCACUGUGCUUGAUCAAGAUUUGGAUCCUCGGGAGGAUAAAAGCAUGUGA